CACAACCUUAACAGCUGUGAUCGAUAUUUGAUCAUUUAGAUGUAGUACAUACUGUCAUCAAAGGGUGUAUCUCGCAUCAAUCUAGCCAAGAUGGACGCCGGUCUUGCCGUCUUCCGGAGACAAUAUUUGCAGUGCCUCGAGCCUGACUUUUUGGCAUGGCCAGACCCACUCCUACUGAAAGAAGAGGAUGUGCAGCGUUGGCUAUAUGAGCAGCUGUUCGACACUGACCAAAUCUCGAGACUACCCCCCGAGCGAUACCAGUUCCGAGUGCUUAAGCCCUUGGUCACGAAGAUCGAACGCUCGAUUCGCGAUCCGGAAGAAGAUGACAUCUCGGAUGACCUCAUGACACGAUUGUCUACAUUGAUAGCUUCAAACCUUCCAACCGAGAGCGCUGCUGUACAGCAGAAAACGUAUGUUACCUUCACUUGCCUCAGAGAAAGCGAGUCAAGUCAAUCUGAGUCUAACGAUGAGCCGACAAUCACUCUAUUGGAGCGACGUUACUUGAUAUCUGGGUCGAAUACCACAGGCUUUAGGACUUGGGAAGCUGCACUACACCUCGGAUCUUAUCUUCUGACAGAGGAGGGACGAUCCUUGGUCAAAGAUAAAAACAUCCUUGAACUGGGAGCGGGAACGGGCUUCCUCUCCCUGCUUUGUGCCAAACACCUCGGAGCAAGACAUAUCACAUCAACUGAUGGUGACGAGGGUGUGGUAGAGGCGCUCAAGGAGAAUGCGUUCCUAAAUGAACUGCAUGACGAGAGCUAUUUCCAGUCUAGUGUAUUUCGGUGGGGCAGAGGCAUUGUUGGCAGUUGGGUCGAGGAGGAUUUUGCUUCCUGGCCAUAUGACUUGGUGAUAGGGGCUGAUAUUACAUAUGAGAAGCAAGCCAUCUCUGCGCUGGUAGCAACGCUGCGCAUGCUGUUCCAGAUGAAACCAGACAUCCAAGUCCUCAUUGCCGGAGCAGUACGAAAUUGGGACACCUUCAACACCUUCACAUCUGCUUGUCAGUCGAACAACUUCAGGAUCACCGAUCUGCAGUUUCCCGCCAAAAUGAUGCGUGAACAGUCAUCGCUGUUCUACGCGACUGCUUGUCCGCUUAAGAUACUGCGAAUAGAGCACCAAUAGCAGACAUCAUGUUCCUAGAUUAACGAUUACGCUGAUGAACGGGACAAUGCGAAAGACGAGGCUCCACUGAGGAGCUAUAUGUAGCGAGCUGGAUUCUCCUC